UUGAUACCAAUCAAAUCACACUAACAAGAAAAUGGAGGAUCUCCGGCGAUUGAGAUCGGAAAUACAGCGGCCCGCCGCCAACAUCGGCGUCUCCGACGACAGGUUCACCGACGUCUUCGGGGGCGCUCCCCGCAGCAUAUUCUCCCACCACCUCUCCGCCGCCAGUUGCUUCUACGACGACAUAUUUUGGCCGACUGAGAAACCGGCAUCGGCGGCGGCGCAGCUGGUGAGGCGGAGGGGCCGGAAUUUGCCCCUUUUCGAUAUUCCAUCUUUGCAGCAGGUUAGUAUUGAUCGUAGCAGCCGCCAAAGGAGUGGCUUUUUCAGCGACAUUUUCGGAUGGGACGCCACGAAGAUGAUGAGCUGGAGGUCGAGGUCGAAGACGAAUUCGUCGUCGGUGCUGAGCUCCGAGGAGCUCAGCCCUGUCCGCUUUCCCGUAUCCGACGACGUUUCCUUAUUAGCUUCCAAGCUCAGGCCAAUAAACAUCAAGACUAAGUGGGAUUCACAUCACAAAAAACAGCCACUGUUUUCCAACAUGGAUUGUGAAAAUGAGUUUCUAGAGAAAUUAUGGGGAUCCAAAGAAAUCGAAGAAAAUCUUGAUAUUGAGCAAAUGAAAUUCAGAGUGACUGAAAACGACGACGUACAGUUCAACUCACCAUCAUCUGCGAUAUCAAACGCAGAGAGCUGCGAAAUAAUCGAUGAAGAAAUGGAAAUGGAAAUGGAAAUAAAAAUAGAUGAAGAUGAGUUGAUGAGCUCGUACGUGAUAGAGCUUGAUUCAUGUAGCCGAGACACUGCAUACGAAUCCACCGAUGUCGAUGAAGCCAUCGCAUGGGCCAAGGAUAGGAUUCACAAAUAUUCUUCUCAAGAGAAACCAAUUAAACAAGUUGAGGAUAGCUCUCUAUUAGAAGAUGACAUGAGCAUACUCGAUGAGAAGAUAAGGCUUUGGUUGACCGGCAAGGAAUCCGACAUCCGGUUGCUAUUAUCUUCCCUACAUCAUAUUCUAUGGCCCAAUAGUGGAUGGAUCGCAAUACCUCUAAUGAAUUUAAUGGAGAGCUCGCAGGUUAAGAAAGCGUAUCAAAAAUCCGUUUUGUGCUUGCAUCCGGACAAGCUACAACAACGGGGAGCCUCACUCUUACACAAGUACAUUGCGGAAAAGGCCUUUGUCGCUCUUCAGGAUGCUUGGACAACGUUUACCUCUCUAGAUGUUUCGUGCCGUUGAGUAUCUUUUGGUGGCUUGAGUCGGAUGUGGAGGUAUGAAGAGUGACAUCUAGUGAUCAAUCAUGAACGUCUUUAAUUUAGUGGAAUGUAGAGUUCAGAACCAUUAAGCAAUCGCCAUCGCCUCCAAUGUGAUGGUGAUACUUUGAGGAUUUUGAUAUGUAAGAUUGAAUUAUUGUAAGAAAAUGUUGGUUGUAGUAGAUGUUGUAAUAAAUUAAUGGCUGGUUUAUGUAUGAUGAUUUUUUUUUUUGUAGUGAA